AUGUUAUUACCCUUUAAAUUUACAAUCACGAAACAACUGUUGCUUGUGAGCAUAUCAGGUACAUCAAAACGCACUUUUUUUUAUUCUACGGGCAACUGUCUCACGUCAUAUCCAUUUACAAAAAGCACUAGUUUGAACAUGCUUACUGACGAAUUCAAUACACCGGAAUCUCGUCGUCUUCUGAAAGUCGUCGAUAACAUGCGCGAAAUACUGCAUCAUGAGAAAAUAUCUCUUCCUCAUAUCGUGGUCGUUGGCGAUCAGUCGGUUGGUAAAUCGUCUGUUCUUGAAGCCUUAAGUGGAAUUCAGCUACCGCGCGCACAGAAUAUCUGUACUCGAUGUCCACUGGAAUUACGAAUGAAAAGCAUUCCCUUACAUGAAGAGGAAUACGCAACUAUUCGAUGCGAAGGCGCUGAUGAGACUACUAUCCAUAAUUUCGCUGAUAUUAUGAACCUAGUCACUAAUUAUACAGUGCGAUUAACUGGCAAUAAAUCGAACGUUACGUCGAAGCCAAUUUAUUUAACUGUUUAUAAACGUAGCAUCCAAGCAGACUUAACGCUUAUUGAUUUACCAGGUAUAACUCGUAAUCCCAUCGCUGGUCAGUCGAAAACGAUUUACCAAGACAUUAUUGCAUUGAUUGAACAUUACAUUCAACCGGCAACGGCUAUUGUCUUACAUGUUAUUCCUGCAUCAGUAGACUUUACAACGUCAGAGUCCAUUCAACUUGCUAAGAAGAACGAUCCGAGUUGUGAACGACAACUGAUUGCCGUAUCGAAAAUCGACAAAUUUGACAAGGGCAUCGGCGAAAAGCUGCAAGGCAUUGGGCCAGGUUCAAUGGUCCUAAAACUUGGUUGCGUAGCUGUACUUAAUCGUACGCAAGAGGAAAUUGAUUCUAAUAUCCCAUUUGAUGAAAUGCGUAGAAGAGAAGAAAGCUUCUUUCGAACGAAUCAAGCUUUUGUGAAUGUUCCUGAACGCUAUCUUGGUAGCAACCAGCUUGUUAAACGUCUGGCUAGAAUUCAACAAGACCGUAUACGGUCAACAUUACCAUCGAUCAUCGAUCAGUUAAAAAACGAGAUCAAAUCUAAGAAAACUCAACUGAAAUUAAUGCCACCAGCCGUGUCAUCCGAGAUUGAUUGUUGGUCGUUAUAUACCAGUUUGAUAAAAAAGUUCAAUGAAAUAAUCAAUGCACGUGUGCAUGGAGUUUAUGAUAAUGAAAUGCAGCUCAAAUUAGACGCACUUAGCGUACAAACAUUAACUUCAGCUAGUCUGGAAGCAAAUAAUCGGUCCGAUGAUCGUAUUGCUUUUCAGCUACACAAUCGACAUAAAGACUGUCAACAUGCGAUUGAUAAAUGUUUUACGAAUUUCUUUUCAACAGAAUACCAGCAAUUGGUAUUAAAACUACUCGAAGAGAAUGCAGGCGUUGCAUUACCAAACUUUCCAUCAUUUAGUAUCGUAGAAAGACUUUAUCGUUCGGAGCAAAAUAAACUCAAAAAACCAUGCGAAGAUCUAAUGGAGUCAUAUAUUCAAUAUUUAAAAAUAAUAUUAAUUAAAAUUUUACAUGAGGUCUUUGUUGAAGAAACAAGUUAUAAAUACAAUCUAACACACAGAUUGACUGAUAUUAUCAUACGUAGUAUCGACGCAAGUUAUGAGUGUUGCAGUAAUGAUAUUACGAAGAUGUUAGAAAUUGAACAACGGAUAUAUACACUCGACUCUUAUUACAUGGAUUCGGUAAAUAAAAUCAAACGGCUGUGUCAAGAACAUUUCGAUAAUCUGAAAAAUCCCCCAGAUGCUAAAAAACCAGCGAAUUCCACACUAUUCCGUGUUAACGACUUUACAGUGAACUUGAGCCAACUAUCACAUGAACAUUCGGCGGCGCUCGAUGUUCAGAUAGCUAUGACAGUAUACUGCCGCGUGGUUGGACGGCGUUUUGUUGAUCAAAUUUCUCAAUUAUGCUACUACUGGUUCAUUACUCGAUGUGCUCUUGUGUUAGAUUCAAAACUCACGGCAGCAUUUACAUCGGCUGUACUGUUCGAUUGGAUGCGCGAACCAUUUGAGCAACAGCAAAGACGUGAAAAUUUAAAGAAAAGUAUCAAUGCCAUGGAACAAGCGCUACUCAUGGGACAAAAUGCAUAA